UGGGCUGUAUCGAUACCUACCCGGUUGUACUGCUCCAUCACGAGCCACUGGGAACAGGGUUGCCCGGGAAACGGCCGCAUGGCAACAGGAUCAGAGCCUGGGGGUUGUCUGCUUCUAGGUCUGCUCCCAUUUUGCAUCGCAUUUCCUCACUAGAUGGUGUGCGAGCCACUGGAGAGAACACUUCCUCGCGCGCGGCGAGCUCCACAUCCAACAAGAACAACAAGAAGAGAGGGAAAAAAAAAAAAACAACAACCUGGGGAAACUAUACCAGCGGAGCAUUUCUUCACGGGAGCUGCGGKGUUGUUGGUUGGCAAAAGUGUGGGAAUAAACAAAGCGUCGCUUUUUUUUGUGUGUGGUGGUGGUGGGGGGGCAACAAGAAGAAGACGACUUGGUGGGGGGAGAAAAGAAGCGACAAGAAAAACCCACAGCUGUGAUGGACAUAAUGACUGCGAUGCAGGAUGCUUGUGUCUCUGAUCAGUGGCUUACCGCGAUAAUUUUCAGCCUUUGCUGCUUCCUGCCGUCCUGCUUGCCCGCCGGACAAACUGUGGACUAUUCGUCGGUUGAAAGUGUGGUCAGCAGACAAGGCGACACGGCGCUACUCAGGUGCUACCUGUUGGAUGGGAUUGCUAAAGGAGCCUGGCUGAAUCGCUCAAGCAUCAUAUUCGCAGGGGACGACAAGUGGUCCAUAGACCCCCGUGUCUCGAUAGUGUCCAAUGUUGGAGACAAACACGAGUACAGCCUUCAGAUACAAAAAGUGGAUGUAACCGAUGACGGCCAGUACACAUGCUCGUAUCAAAGUGAGCGGAACCGACGGCCAAAGCUUCUCAACCUCAUUGUAAAAGUUCCUCCUAAGAUAUAUGACAUUUCCUCCGACAUCACGGUAAACGAGGGCAGCAACGUGUCACUCAUCUGCACAGCCAGUGGGAAACCUGAGCCAACCAUUUCCUGGAGACACAUAACCCCAUUAGCGAGGAAGUACGACAGCGGCGAAUAUCUUAACAUCACYGGCAUCACAAGGGAUCAGGCCGGAGACUACGAGUGCAGCGCUCUAAAUGACAUCGCCUCUCCUGACACCAAAACAGUAAAAGUCACAGUCAACUUUGCUCCAACUAUCCAUGAGAUGAAGAGUCACGGUGUGGGUUUGGGACGCACAGCUCUGCUUCGGUGCGAGGCUGCCGCCGUACCGCCUCCAUAUUUUGAGUGGUACAAAGGGGAGAAAAGGAUUAUCAAAGGCCAGGGCAUCGACAUCAAGAACCUCAGCUCCAGAUCACUCCUUACAGUCACCAACAUGACAGAGGAUCGUUACGGGAACUACACGUGUAUCGCCACCAACAAGCUAGGAACGGCUAAUGCCAGCGUGCCUCUUAUUCAUGGAGCAGAGGAGUGGGGGGAGGCAGAUCGAGGAGGAAGUCCGCCCAAAAUAUUAAAUCAGGCCAAUCACCGUUUUCCCAAACCAGAGGUGUAUGAUGACAAACGCAAAACACUGCACCCUAUGGGAGCCCGGGAAGCGCGCACAUCCCGCUGGCCUGCCGGUACCUGGUCCUGGCGCUCUCCUCCUUCAUCAGCGUGUACUAGCAGAGGCUGACACAAUGACUGUCGAGAGCAUUUAUCAAACCUUUUUGGACAUUGCUGAUGGCUGAAAUCUGGUCUUGGUACAGUUUGUUGGAAAGCUGAGGUGGGGAAAUAAUCAACUAGACUUUGUGUCGGGUGGAAUUUUUUUUUCCUUUGCUUUUUGGUGAAAUUUCUGUCAUGUUCAAAGCUAUGAUGUUUGUUUUUUUAAUAUUAUUUCCUCUUUCUUCUUUUCUUAUGAACCACAUUGUAAAUUAGUGCUCGGUUUAUUUUUCACCUAAAAUCACAUCAACAACCCCUGAAACUCCAAACUCAGUUUUCUUUUUUUUGUUUGUUUGUUUGUUUUUGUUUAUUUUUUUGCAUAUUUUCCCUGUGAGGUGUUUGGAGCAAAACGUUAUCAUCCAUUUUUUUGUACAUGGCUAAAAAAAAGCAAAUUGUGCCAAGUCUCCAAGUACAAACAAAUGUUCAUAUCAGUGUUGUAUUGAAUGUAUUAUGGGGCUGUUUAGCAAAAAGAAAGACAUUUAGAUUCCUAACAAUAAUUUUUUAUUAUGAGGUUAUGCUGAAAAAUAGGAGGAAAUAAGCAAAAGAACAAAAAAAGGCAGUGUUUUUCAGCACAUCAGUAGAUGGAUGAACAGUGUUAUAUCUGAAAAUGGGUCCUUCAGUUUUCACAUCUGCCUCACCCCCUAUGAUCACCCCCUAUGAUCAGGCAGCCGUCUAACGUAGCAAAACACACCGUUAAUGUAUCUCUUUAUUUUUUAAAUAGGCUUCUGUUUGAACGUGGGACCAGCUUUUCUCAUUCAGCCAAGAACAUUAUUACAAACCAUGACUGCAGAGGAGCAUCGCUGCCCUUUUGUUUACAUUUUUCUUGUGAAAAAAAAAMCACUAAAAUCUUMAUUUUUUCAGUCCAUGUAUGUGAAUGUCAGAACAAAUAUUUGUAGGAAGAAAAUGAAUAAGUCUUGCAGCUCUUUGCAACAAAAUGGCCUCUGUAGGCGUCAGAGCAGAAACUGAUUGUUUCCCCUGCGGUUACAUACUGCAUGUCUCUACGGUCCGACCAGGGGUUAGGAGCAAGUUUAACACAUGUAGAAUUCAUGUCCAGUGGAGUUAAAUCAGUGGAUACUUUACUUUUGUUGAAUGUAAUCAGUGGUGGRCACAGUUCUGCUAAUCCGCUAAURGAUAAUAGCUGAGCUAACUUUUCGUUUAGCAGAUUUUUGCUAAUUUUGGAAGCCAUUAGCAAACAAUUACCUUCUGCUAAGUUUAGUUCUGCUAAUUUUAAAAUAUUAGCAGACCAAUUUUCUUCUCAGAAAUUUAGUUCUGCUGACUUUGGGAACUGUUAGCAGACCAGUUAGCCUCUGCUAAAUUUAGUUCUAACUUUAGAAACCAUUAGCAGACCAGUUAGCUUCUGACAAGUUUUGUUCUAAUAACUUUGAGUCAGAAACAAAAACAACUAUCCCCCACACACAGAGCUUCACGCUCAUGCCAUGUGUCUUUUAUGUGAGUWGCAUCUUUAGCAUUUUCUGAUUCAAUUGUUUGUGGAGUUAGCAGUUAGUGUUAGCUUCCGCUGAUUUUCUUACCUGUUUAGCGUUGGCAAAGCUAAUUUUUAAGUCAGCAGAUUGAUGUUAAGCAAAGCUAUUUUUUGGUUAGCUGUGCCCACAACUGGUAUUCUCUUAUUUUUUUUCCCCGCAAUGUUUGAAUUAACUAAAGUUUGAAAAUUUGGCCAGUGGAUGAGAUAUGAGCUCUAAAAUAUAUUUUACUAAAGACUCUAAUAUUAACCUGCCUGUUAGGUGUUGGAGUUGUUUACAAAUGAUACAGAGUUGAAACUUAAAAUGGUUAGCUGUUCCCACCACUGACUGUAAUCAACCAUAUCAAGGUUUAAAAACCAGUUUCCUCUAUAGCCAGGUGUGUCAGGGCAGCAUAUUCACCUUCCUAUACCCUCCAUUCAUGUUGUAAACAGAUAAACUGUACUGUAAUGCCUUAAUAGUACCAUUUACAUAAAUUUCCCUCUAUUUAAAGUGACACUUCCAGAAGCUCUCGAUGAGGUUUCAGCUCAUGACUGAUAACUGAAUGUUCAUAAAGCAUCACUUGUCCUUGAAAAAAGGCACUCUACUCAGUAAACUCACAUCUCUUAUAGGUAUUUUCGAAUAAAUCAGAAGCUUCGGACACAAAUCUUGUGUCUUUGGAAAUAGAAGGGACUAACUUCUGGAGUUCACAGAGUAUUUUCAACUUACAACUGCAAAUCUAUAGAACAAUAGCCAUCGCAGUUCGAACAAAAAAA